UGUGGACAACACCUGUGGACCUGCAGAGGUUUGCCGGGGAAACACCGGGUGUGCUCCUCGCCUCAACAUGUGUGUUGUAACCGGCUCCACGGUCAUCGAUUUCUUCAACAGAGUCCACUCUGUCACAAACCGAUGCACUUACAGUCUGAUAAAACCUCAGGGAGGAUCUGACUUCCAGCUGCUCGCAGGUUUCCAGGAGCGAAGGCAACAAAAUGUGAUGUUUUUAGAUCACCUGAUACUGCAGAUGGAGGAGACAGAUGUUGUAGUGUAUCUGGGACAAGGAGGGCUGGUUGAGGUGAAUAAUGAAACCCUAGACCUGAACGCCACAGCUCAGCUGGUCCAUGGCAUGGAGCUCUCUAAGGACCAUUCUGGAGUCACUGCUAAUGUACCUUUUGCCAACAUCACCAUCUAUUUUGAUGGUAACGCUGUUCAUGUGGCAGGAAAUCCUUCAGCUGCUGAAGGUUUGUGCGGAAACCCCGGGAAUUCCAGUCAAAACACCACCCUGAGUGCCGAGACCUCCAGUUUUUACAGCAUCUCAGGAUGUGAGGUGGAGUUCACAGAAACUAUUAUUGACAAAAUCGACUGCAACGCCACAACUGAGCACUGCAGUCUUUUAAAGCAGGCCCCCUUCUACAUUUACAACUUGGUCACUGACCCAGAACCCUACAUAACUGCCUGCACAAACACUUUGUGUAAUUAUCCAAUGGUGGACGGCCUUGGUUGCCAGUUCAUGGAGGCUUACGCCAAGUCCUGCAGCUUGCAGCUGGGAAAGAAACUGACAGACUGGAGACCAGCAGUCAACUGCCCUGAUGUUCCUGAGCCGAACUGUUGGAACCAAUACUGCAGCGAUCAUGAGUUCUGUGGAGAGGAAAACAAUCAAACCCGAUGCAUGUGCCGAGCCAUUUUCGCUUCCAAUUACAGAGCAGCAAAUACUUUAGGUGAGCCGGCCAUCUGCACUGAGACCUCUGCCUCUGUGACUCUGAUUGGUUGUCUGUUGGAGGAGAGAGGCAUAGACUAUAUCUCUAUGCACCUGCAGAAUGAGACCUGCAUGGGAGAGGUGGACAAUAAGACCCACAUGGUGGUCUUCAGCUUCGACCUGAAGAACAACACCUGUGGAUUGAAAGUCAUAAUAAAUGAGAGUCAUAUCAUCUACCGGAACACCAUCAUGUCUGGAAACAGCCCAUCGGAUGGCAUCAUCUAUCGACACAGUCAAGUGUUGGUUGAUUUUUCCUGCUACUACGAUAAACCUGCCAUCAAGACUGUGGGCUUCAAACUCAAAGACAGCUCUGUGGUGCUGAAGAUGGUUUCUGGUUCUUGGAAUUACACUUUAAUGAUGAACGCCUACACCAAUCCUAAUCGCACGCAGCUGGUAGAUCCAAACUUUGUGGUUGAGCUGAACCAGAAGGUCUGGGUGGAGCUGACGACUCAAGGGUUGAACAGUGACAAGGUUGCUAUUGUGAUCGACUCCUGUUGGGCAACAAGCCAACCAGCGCCUGAUGGAAGUCUGAAACACGACCUGAUCACUGGCGGGUGUCCAAACACCAAAGACCCGACCGUGGAGAUAAACAACAAUGGAGCAGGAACUUCUGCGUAUUUCUCCUUCAACAUGUUUCAGUUCAUUGGGAGUGAAGAUGGAGUCUUCCUUCACUGCAAACUGAACGUCUGUACCAAACAGGGAAACUCCUGCAGCCAGGUGAUUCUGAGUCUGAAAUCCUCACUGUGA